ACGCUCACAGCAUCUGCCUCUUAAUAUCGCGUAAUCGAGCCUUUGCAGCAGCAGCUGAGCAAUAUUACAGCACAACGGAGGAACCCUGCUGUGCUGGACAUUUCUGUGGCAGAAGAGAAAGAAGGGACAGCUGUCACAGUCCUUGGCAAGGUGAUGACACAGCAAGCCAGAAAUAGAUCAGAUGCAAUGGAUGUUGCAAACUACCAGCCUUGAUAUGUAAAUACACAUUACAAAGGGCCUCUUUGGGGAAGAUUUCUGUAGAACAAAUCAAAAGGCAUUGCUAUGAGGAAACUUGGUAGCAAUGACUGAUGUGGAAUCUACCUAUGCAGAUUUCAUAGCCUCGGGAAGAACAGGAAGAAGAAAUGCUCUGCAUGAUAUACUUGUCUCCUCUUCCAGUGGGAAUACAAGUGAACUGGCUCUGAAGUUAUCAGAGCUUGAUAUAAGCAAGUCAGAAGGUGAUGAAAAUGAGAAAGAAAAUCCAAGUGAUAAGACUCCAGAAGAAAAGAACCAGGCACCAAAGCCAGAAAGCUAACACUUCAGUUUAAUCCACAUUAGGGAUUAUCACGAAAAAGAACCAACCACAAAGCAAUAACAGAUUGAUUGCAUUAAAAUGAUGGAUUUCAAAAUGUAUAUGACCAUUUACUGGAACAUAGCACAACGAUUACAAUCAAUCAAAGUUAAUCCAGGAAUAUGUCCUAAAUUGAUCAUAAGCAAUGGCUGACAUAUUGUGGACAUUUUAUGAUGAUGAGUUAGCUAGGCACCAUUCGAGAGCCAUGAAUAUUCUUAUAGUGAGCGGCUCUGACACUAUCAAAGGGUUUAAUUCUGUGCUGUUGUAAAGCCUUCCAUGAUCUUUAAAGCUUCAGACAGAAGCCCUCACUAAGAAAACUUAAAAAAAUCAGUUAACUAAACCAAUGUUAAUGUGUGUUCAAUAGAUCUGUUGUUUACAAAAGUUUUGUAUGGUACGAGCUUAACCUCUUAUGGCACCCUGAUAAUAAUGUGCACACUUGAAAUACUUGACACAAACUAGAAGGGCUUGGAUUUAUUUAUCCCUGCCAAUUGUUAUUUGACAAUCUAAUCACCUUCAAAUGAAAAGAUAUCAGUUCUUUCGGAGCACUUACUAGAUUCCCAUUACCCAAUGUAUUACAUCUAUAAAGUUUUUAGGACUACUCUUGUACUUCACUCAUUGUUUUGUAUGUUGUUACUCAAUUUUAACCUGUAUUCUAAAAAAAAAAGCUGUGCAGCUGAUUUUCUCACAAACACCAUACUUUUUUAUUUUUAAUUCCAUAAUCACCAAUUGUACAAUGAAAUGGUUAAAUGAAACAGCAAUGCACUACUAAAUUGUUAAUCACUGUUGGAUACUAUGAAUGCACUUAGGAUACGCGUGUGUGUAUUUUUUUUUAUCAGAGCACACAUUCCUUCCAGAGUAUCUAUUUAUAACACUGUAUUUGUUACAAUCGUAAUAGUGCAUUUUUAAUGUUUGUACAUUUUACUGAUUCAUAGUGUGAUGGCUUCUUAGUUAUGAUAAUCAAUAAACUGAACUAAACAGC